CCUUAGCAGCGCUGUGUCAACUAAAAUAUUCCCAUCAGAGAGGCCAGAGCUGGAAGAAGGAAGCUUUUUUGAAACUGAGCUGUUUGUGCUCUUGGGCAAUGGGUAACAAAGCAUGAGACUCUCAAGACUGGCACACAACUAUACCCUGGCUAUUUUAUCAUGGUGACUGGCACUGGCAGUGACAAAUGUGUUGCUUUAUCCCUUGCUUGUAAACAAAAUUAAGUCAACUGUGCCAAAGAUGAACGAGGAGUCUUACUUGCUGUUCCUGGAGGCUAUUUCACAUGGAGACACUGACUCCAUUGCUAAAAGUUCCACUGCUCCCUGGACCAACCCAGAGCACAUUAACUUCCAACACCCAGUGACAGAGAAUACUGCUCUUAUAAUUGCUGUGGAAAGAAACCUACCAGAGCUGGUGGCUCUGUUGUUGGAUCACGGUGCUGAUGUCACCCUGUGCAAUGUGAAUAAUCAGACAGCACUUCAUGUGGCUUCAGAAGGAAUUCAAAGGCAGCUCCUUAAUGCCGUCCACAGAAGCGCUUUUCCUCAUUUGCAGCUGCUACAGGCUGCGUGGCAAGAAGACCUGGAGGCCCUACAGCAGUUACUGGUUACAGAGCAGUUUCAGGACACAAACAUCCGAAAUGGGCAAGGCCUGACCCCUCUAAUGUUAGCGCUGCGAGAUGUGGACCUGUUUGACAAGCUGCUCAUGAAGAAUGGCUACAGGCUGCUGGCAGUUGUGCAGGAACUUCUCAAUCAUAAUGGAGAUCCUCGGCUUUGUGAUUCUAAUGGCUAUUCAGCAUGUCAUUAUGCAUCAAGCAUCAGAGUUCCCUUAGGCCCACAGCUACUGGAUUUACUAUCCAUCUCUUCAGCAGACACCCUAGAAGAGACCGUCUGUGACUUUUGUCCAGAUACAAAGCUGCCUUUAUACAACACACCUAUAGCAGUAGGAGGCCAGAUGCUCACGGACAUUCACAGUUGCAGCCCAGGUACAAAGAUCAAUCCUCAUGGAAAUUCCAGUGUCCACAUAACCAAAGAAGACUACUGUGAUUGGGAAGAAGCUACCGCAGUCCCAAAUUCAGAUGAAGUAGUUUAUUCAAGCCUUCAACAAGCCAAAACUCUUCAUGAUAUGGAAAGAGUGACCGAAGCUCCAGGAAUAUUAAAGGCCUCAUUGGCUGGACUCUGGACUUCCAACUCUUUGCCAAAUGACGUCACCUUUACACGGCACACAUCACUGCCACCUUUACCUCUGAGGAAUGAUGAACAUGCAACACAGAUGGAUGGUUUGGGCCUUUGUCACUCUUCUCGCUCUGAGCCCAACAUCUCAGCAUCGCUCCGAGGAGCAGAUCUGCUAAGAGACAUUAAAGGCAUAAGGCAGCACAUAAAACAAAGAUUAACUUCACCAAGAAGUUAUAAGCCUUGUCCAUUGCUGUGCCAUUCUCCUCGAGCAGUCAAGCUUACGCCACUGGUGACGGACAAGCCAAAAGGAAAAGCAGGAAAUGACAUUUCAGCAAAUGACCUUAUUUUGUUGCCAAAUUCUGAUGCCUUUCCUAAAUCAGCACCCCAUCGACUUUCCAAAGGAGACAAAUACAUAACUAUUAGUCCAUCUCCAGCCUUACAGAAUGCUGGGGAACAAGUUUUGUCUAAAAAUCACAUUUAUCUCAGCAUGGAUGAAAGUUUCAUCAUUUCAGAAGGAGAGCAAGACAAAUCAGAGACAAAUAGAAAGGCCGAAGGGAAUAGAACUGCAAAAAUACUCAAUAUCUUCCAGAAAGGAUCAACUGAUGUUCAUCAUGAAAGGACAAAAAGACAUGAAGUGGAGAUUAACCAGUCUUCGCAAUGGGACAAUAUUUUUAAUGAAAAUUUAAGCCAACAUGAUAACUUUGUAGGAAAAACUUUCUCUGCAGACCUGAUAAUUGCCACAUCCAGUGAAAAAAUGGAAAAUGUAUCAGAAAUUAAAGAGGAUAUUGAUAAUAAUAAAACAACCCUUGAGGACAAGGAAACUGGUAACUCACUGCAGACAUCUCAAGAUGGACACUUACCUCUUGCACAUAUUACAUUCUCCGAGCGAGGGCCACAAAGCCACAAUGCUAAGACUCCGCUUAAACAGUUUCUCAUGAAACGAAAGACCACUUUAUGUGGCGUUCCUCACAAUGUCAACCACAGCUUUAAUGUCAUUGCUCAGAAAGAAAAUCAGAAGGAAAAGAAAAACAGAAAAAAUAGGACAAAGUCCGCUUCUGAUGCCCCACUGAAGCAAAAACAAAAAUCUCUCUCUGUUAACAAGAACAUGAACAUUAAGAGCGUUCCACUUCCUCCUCUGGAAUUAACUGGUUCAACCAAAAGGUUAAGAACCCCUCAGAAAGUCCUCCAUACACAUCUACCUGGGUCAGAUAAAGGUGUCGAAAGAUCUAACACUCAGUUAUCAAUAUGUCCAAAAAAAAUAAACAAUUCCCUAGUUGUCAAGAACCACCAUCCUUUAACUAGGGCAAAUACAGCACCAGAUUUUACAAGUAUCACCUACCAUGACAUUUUCAAGAAAAUAGAGGCAAAUAAUGAAGGUCCAGAUAUAUAUGAAAUGGUUGUGAUGCCAUUUUAUCCUCAAACUGGAGAUGCAGUAAGAGUGGCCAGUUCUGUUUGUAGAGAUUCACACUCAGCCAUGUCUAAGAAAGGCUCUGCUGUUAAAGUUACACGGUCUCCUUCUACUAAUAACUCCAACAGGAGAAGGAAACCAAAACGACCCAACUCUAAAAGCAAGAGAUGUGAUUCUAGCUCAAGCCAAAAGCAUAAGACGUUAGCUGCAAAGGAUGAGGAUAGUGUCACUGAACAGAAAGAGGAGCAUGAACUAAUUGUCAUUUCAGGAAAGGACUGGCAGAUCAUAGAAAAGAGUAAAGAUAUGCUUGAUAGUAGAGACACAGUGGCUGAGGUCUUGGAACCCUUGGGAAAAAAUAUUUAUCAUGCAGACCUAUCUAUAAUAAAAGAGGCAACCACAGAAAAUUCACUCUAUACAAGCAGUACUUUUUGUGAACAUCAGCUGAGGGGAUCUGGAGAAAUUAAUCAAAAUCACAUUGCUGCAGAGUUAGUUAUACAGGUGCACCCACCUAAAUCAGCCCAAUCUACAGACAGUAGCAAAUGGCAAGCAAACAGCUACACUACUCAACAACUCGAGGAUCACACAGUUGAUAAUAUUGGUGGUGUAGCCAUGCUUUCAUGUGAAAACAAGAAUACUACUCAAAGGGAAACCAUAGAAGGUGGUACAGAAAAUAUAUAUGGUGUUUCCAAGAGCCUUUCCACAAAUUGUGACAUUGAGCAGCUGACUGAUGAUUUGAUUCUUUCUCUAGUAGAAAAUCUCUUAUCUAUUGAUGAAAGAGAGUCUCACGACUCCAUAAAGUCUUGCAACACAGACACUGAUGAUGAAAUAAUGAACAACCAUGAUCAGAAGUGCCAAACUACCAGCCUCAACAAGUGUAACAAGUCUGCAAGUUUCAAUACUAGCCACAACUCCAACCUCGCUGAGAACUCCAUCAAUAGUUCUUUCCCUUGGACCAAAGGAGAAGUCUUGGGAAAAGGAGCCUAUGGAACGGUGUACUGUGGUCUCACAAGCCAAGGAGAACUGAUUGCCGCUAAGCAAGUUGUGCUGGAUUCUUUUGACCCAGUUACAGCACAAAAGGAGUAUAAGAAGCUACAGGAAGAGGUGGACCUCCUGAAAGCCCUGGACCAUGUGAACAUUGUUGGUUACUUGGGCACCUGCCGUGAGCAUAACAUGGUUACCAUCUUUAUGGAGUUUGUGCCAGGUGGUUCAAUCUCUAGUAUAUUAAGACGUUUUGGGCCAUUACAAGAGACAGUAUUUAUCAAAUACACAAAGCAAAUUUUGCAAGGUAUCACCUACCUUCACAGUAACAGGGUCAUCCACAGAGACAUUAAAGGGAACAAUGUUAUGCUAAUGCCCAAUGGAAUCAUAAAGUUAAUUGACUUUGGAUGUGCAAAACGAUUGACUUACUUGAACAAAAGCGGUACUCAAAGUGAAAUGUUACGGUCUAUGCACGGCACCCCUUAUUGGAUGGCACCAGAAGUGAUUACAGAGUCCGGCCAUGGAAAAAAGUCUGACAUAUGGAGCCUGGGCUGCACAGUGUUUGAGAUGGCAACAGGAAAGCCACCCCUGGCCCAUAUGCACAAAAUGGCAGCCAUGUUUUACAUAGGAGCCGAGAGGGGACUUAUGCCAACUCUCCCUGAUCAUUUUUCGAAAAACGCAAGAGACUUUUUAAAUCUCUGCUUAACCAGGGAUCAAGAGGAACGACCUUCAGCAGAGCAACUCUUGGGCCACCCAUUUAUAAAGAAGAGAACAUGAAAAUUCUACAUACUGAGAACAUUUCUUCAACAUAUCUGUGUCACAUAAAAUGUAGAAGUAACAUUUGUAAUAAAGAU